AAAGAUCUAUGGAUUAAAAAGUCAUGAUCACCAUGUAUUAUUGCAAGACAUUCUCCCAGUUGCAAUACGUGGUUUAUUGCCUAAAGAAGUGUGUGAACCAAUUAUAGAGCUUGGAAAUUUUUUCAAGAAUCUAUGUUCUAAGUCUUUGACAAUCGAAGGUCUUGACAUCUUGGAGCUGAAUGUGCAUGCACAUUAUGCAAACUUAAAAUUAUUUUCCCGCCGACAUUCUUUGAUGUCAUGGUUCAUUUGCCAAUUCACUUGGCAAGAAAGGAAAAGCUUGGUGGACCAGCUCAAUUUCGAUGGAUGUACCCUUUUGAGAGGUAUUUGCGAACACAAAAGUCAUAUGUUCGCAAUAAUGCUCAUCCAGAAGGUUCAAUUGCCGAAGGUUAUUUGGCAGAGGAAAGUCUCACAUUUUGCUCAAGAUACUUAAAGAAUAUGUCAACCAAGUUCAACAAACCGGCCAGGAAUGACGAUGGAUCUAUGUCAUAUUGGGAGAUGUCUAUCUUCAAAAAAAGUGGGCAAAAAAAAAAGGUGGUUCAGAAGGCAUCAUGCUCUCUCAUGAUGAGUUCAAACAAGCAUGUAUGUAUGUGCUUAAAAAUUAUGAAGAGGUUCCGCCAUUCAUGGAGGAAUACCAGGGAGAGAUUGAAAGACAAGGUUCAAUGAGUGAUGAGAUGCAUAACAGUGGGUUUCUUGAUUGGUUUCGUG